UCAGUCGAACUACGUAUGUGAAUUGGGUGGCCUGCGAUGGCCGGUGCUAACAACGUGAAAUCAUUGCGAUCGCCUUUCAUUGCGUAUUACAAUCCACAGAUCAACGCAUGUGAACAACUGGGACUCCUAUCGUCCGUCGGAAAUUGGGACAAUUCCGCGGGAUAAAACAUCUUCGGUCAUCAAUUUCAGUUUAUUCUAUCGUUUUUUGAGAUUACAAUUCGUACAAAAUGUCAGAAUCACGAAGAAAGGGAGAAGAAUCCAGAGGUAAUAUCCUCAAGAACCAUUCGUGGAGUAAUGGACCUGAUAGCGAAGACGAAAUAGCUGGAGAGAAUGGACUGCUCAACGAAAAUAUAAGUCCAAGUCAUCAUCAGUCAACUUUAACAGACCAACCUAUCUGCGAUAUGACACUGUUUGCAGAGGAAAAAAUGCGUAGAAAGUUGAAAUUCUUCUUUAUGAAUCCAAUUGAAAAAUGGCAAGCAAAACGUCGUUUCCCUUAUAAAUUCACUGUACAAGUUGUCAAAAUUGUGUUAGUCACCAUACAAUUGUGCCUAUUUGCUCAUAACAACUACAUGCAUGUAAAUUAUGCUUGGGAUAAUCGAAUAGCUUUUUCGCAUCUAUUUCUUAGAGGCUGGGAUGCUACUCAAGAGGUACCAAUGUAUCCUCCAGCAACUGGUCCUUUGGCAAUUUAUAAACGAGACGAUUUCUUUAUGACAAUCGAUUAUGCUUUAGAUGGGUAUUAUAAUCUCAGUAAUGCUAUUGGCUCAUAUUCAUAUACCGCGGAAAAUAAUGCGAUAGGUCCAGCUGUCUUAUGCUUGUAUCAAUACAAGGAAGGUAUCAUAUUCGGUUUUAAUGAAAGUUACGUUUUCGAUAAAGAAAUCGUAAAAACUUGUAUAAAUAUAACUCAUCAAUUUUACCAGCAAUUUACCACCUCCAAGAACUUACUGUACACACAAAACAUUAACGUAAAUUUCUCGGCUCUCGUUAGAGCCGAUUUAAAAUUUGCCUUAAAGACAGUUAACUUAAAAGCUGCCGGACCUAUGGCACCACCCGAUUGUUACCAAUUUAACAUAAAAAUUCUUUUCGAUAACCGUGAUUUCGAUGGACAAAUGUUACUUUCGUUAGACGCUGAACCGAAACGAUUGCAAUGUAAAGGCGACACACGUUACAUUGUCGAUAACCGCAUUGAAUCUGCUUUAAGAACAUUAUUAAACUUACUCGUAAUCCUAAUUUGUACUGUAUCUCUUGGUUUAUGUUCAAGAGCUAUAUACAGGGCACAAUUGCUAAAAUUCGAAACUAUGAAUUUCUUCAAGAAAACUUAUGGCAAAACUUUAAGUUUCGAGGGAAGAUUAGAAUUCUUGAAUUUGUGGUAUGUGAUGAUUAUUGUAAAUGAUCUCUUAAUUAUUAUUGGCUCGGCUGUGAAGGAGCAAAUUGAACGGAAACAGUUUGGUAGCGAUCACUGGAACGUGUGUAGUAUAUUCCUUGGCACUGGAAACCUGCUGGUUUGGUUCGGCGUGCUACGAUACCUCGGCUUCUUCAAGACGUACAACGUUGUUAUUUUAACACUGAAAAAAGCUGCCCCGAAGGUGGCACGAUUUUUAAUAUGCGCUAUUCUUAUUUAUGCUGGUUUUACUUUCUGCGGCUGGUUAAUAUUAGGUCCAUAUCAUAUGAAAUUCAGGUCGCUCGCUACGACAUCUGAAUGCCUGUUCGCGUUGAUAAAUGGUGACGACAUGUACGCCACGUUUUCUAUAACAUCUUUUAAAUCGCCUAUGCUAUGGUGGUACUCUAGGAUCUAUUUAUACACGUUCAUUUCAUUGUACAUAUACGUGGUCUUAAGUUUAUUCAUUUCUGUGAUAAUGGAUGCUUACGAUACGAUUAAACUUUAUUAUCGAGACGGUUUCCCGAAAAAUGAUUUGCAAACUUUUAUCGCAGCUUGUACAGACGAAGCAUCCAGUGGUCUUUAUAGAGAUGAUUCUGAAAGGAGCGAUUUAUCCGAACUGUUCGAUCGACUAUGUUGUUGUCGGAAAAGACCCUUUUACGGGUCAUUCACAGAGUCAAAUACAGAAUUCUCAACGAAAACGGAACACAGGUGCGAGGGGGCAAUCUGUAUAUAGUUCGUUGAUCGACAAUAAUGUAUUAGAUAAAUCUUAUGGUUCAAUGGCAGAUAUUGGGUAUUACAAUGACAAUUUUGUCAUAUAAAGUAUUUUUUUAAUGAAAUUGUUAUGUUGCAUUUCUUUUGUUUUGAAUGCUGCGGUUGGCUGCCAUUUUUAUAUUUUAUAUAAAUAUUAUAAUAGACGAUUCCGUUUACUUUACUUAGCGUCAAACGGAAUCUUGCUGAAAAUAUUUCUGCAGAAAGUGUACGAGUGUACGUAAUGAUAACGGCUGUAAUGUCGUUCGUAUACAGUAUAAUUUAUAAAGUAUUAAUGUAAUAAAAAUAGACGUAAAAAACUGAAUCUUUCUGCCGAAAAGAUUUAAUGAUGCAAAAUGUAUGUAAAAAAAAUAUGUAUCUUUUCUCGUCAGGGAAUAUUUACAUGUAUAAGCAAAACUGUAUUAUGCCAAAGUCGUUGAAAAAAAUGUAUCAUGCACAGUUUUGUAUAUACACGAAUUUAUAUAAAUAUUAAUUGUUAUUUUCCAUAAAAAUUUGGACGAAAUUAAUUUGAAAUGUAGAAUAGUGACUUAUAGGAGUAAUUACUAAAUUGUUAGGUAUUAAUGUGAGUCAUACAGUUUAACAUACAGAAUACUUUAUGUAUCUUGUCAUUUUAAUGAAUAUAAAUUGUAUAUGAUAAACCAUGUACAUUAUUUAACAUGUUUUAAUUAAUAUAAAUGAACACAGUAAAAUUCGCGUGUUAUCCAAAGAAGUAUAUUUAUAAUAUAUUUACAGUGGAGUACAAUAAAAUUGUGAUUUUUUCAACUCAUAAUCAAUAUCUUUUCUUUGUGCAGUUUCCCCGGAGUAAGAUUCUUUAUUUGUAAUUGUUAUUUUGUGAGGUUUUUACAACUCUCGGUGAGUCAUACCUAUGAAACAUGCACUUUCAAAUUCUGUACACCAGAGGUUCCCAAAGUGAGGAUCCUAAAUCGGGAAUUGAUUUUGGAUGAGUCAUUCAAAAACAAGACUUUGGUAUUUUGAAAUUGUAGAACUUAAAAACAUUGGUACUCUGAUAUUUGAAAAAGUAAUGAAUCACAAAUUAUGACCAGUUUCAGAAAAUAGGUCCCAACCCAAUAUUUGAGAAUCCCUGUUGUACACAAUACAUGUAUCACUCUAUACAAAGACAAAUAGUAUAACCUAGAAUUUA